AUGAGGUCUAUCCUCACCAUCUUCGGUGCUCUGCUGAGCUUCUCCGACCUCGUCUAUUCGGUGGAGCUCUCCAACGGCCGUUCAAUCCCCGAUCGACCGGUGCUGAUCCCCGCGCCGUACGGUCCUGCGGUGUCUCGACCAUAUUCGCCUCCACGAGAUGAAGACAAAUAUUGCUUCGUCCCUGGGCCCUGCAAAGAGGGAGAGGACUCGGCUCCUCGCAUCUUGAAGGCGUUCCAGAAAUGCAAUGACGGCGGCACCGUCGUCCUGGACAAGGUGUACACCAUCUCCUCGCCGCUGGACCUGACCUUCCUCAAACAUGUUGAUGUGGUGAUCACGGGCGAGGUGCAUAUGAAUGAUGAUGUGUACUAUUGGGCAGACAACAGCUUCAAGUAUCCCUUCCAGAACACUUCGGCCAUCUGGAUGAUUGGAGGCGAGGAUGUCAACAUCUACGGAGAUCUUACAAAUGAGCAGUCGCUCAUCCACGGACAUGGCCAGGCGUUCUGGGAAGAGAACCAAACAAAUAAGACGCUUCGGCGCCCACUGCUCGUCGCCAUUGAGGGUUUACACGGUGGCUCCAUGUCCAAUCUACGCAUGAAGAAUCCUGCCUUUGUGAGUAUGAAAAAGUCUUCGAAUGGAUUUCCUGGUGUUAACGGGUCUCAGUGGUUCAACAUUGUUGCGAACAGCUCCGACAUCAUCAUCAGUGACAUGCAUCUUGAGGCCAAGUCUGAAAAUGGCGUCAAAAUUGCGAACUCUGAUGGCUGGGAUACGUACAGAUCUGAACGUAUUGUCAUCCAAAACUCCAUCAUCGAUAACACUGAUGACUGUGUCUCCUUCAAGCCAAACAGCACAGACAUCGUAGUCCAGAAUCUCGUCUGCGACGGCUCGCACGGAAUAAGCAUCGGCUCCCUCGGACAGUACAGGAACGUCACAGACAUCGUAGAGGACCUGCACAUUUUCAACAUCUCCAUGAGCAAUGCGAGCGACGGUGCCCGUAUCAAGGUCUGGCCGGGCAUCGAGACGGAUUUCCAGAGCGAUCUCAAUGGCGGUGGCGGGCUUGGCCGUGUCAAGAACGUCACUUACGACACGUUCUACCACUACAACAACGACAGGGCCAUCACAAUCACUCAGUGCUAUGGACAGUCGAACCAAACAUUAUGCAAUGAGUUCCCGGCGAAUCUCACCAUCAACGAUAUCACCAUGAAGAAUUUCUGGGGAGUCACUUCUUCCAAGUACGAUCCCGAGGCCGGCACCCUGGUUUGUAGCGCAGCAGACCGUUGCAGCAACAUCAACCUGCACAACAUCACCGUCACUGUGCCCAGCGGAAAGCCACCUGUCUACGAAUGUAGCAACGUCGACGAGAGCCUGCUCGAGAACAUCACCUGCGUCAACGCUGAUGAUGGCCGUGACACCGGCCAGGGGUAA